AUGGCUGACAAAGUACGAGAAACGCACCAGUACCUCCACCUCAAAGGCAAAUACAUUGGGUUGGGCAACGCCGAUACGACACGGGAUGAGUUUCUUUCUAAUAUUCACCGGGACACACUUGCUUCGCUUGCAAUGCAUGAUAAUAUGCUAACUUACCAAGCUACAGCAACGAACACACAUCCAGAAUUAGUGAGACAGGCGCUCAUCAAAAGAAUGGUACAGCCACUCAGUAAGGUCAACCGAAAGUGA